AUGGCCUCUUCCUCUUCCUCUUCCUCGCAGUCGUCUUUGCCUCCGGCGGCGAUGAAAGACAGAAGGUAUAUAAACUGGGCGGAGCUUCCAUCGGAAUUGACGUCAUCAAUCCUGGUACGGCUUGGCGCGAUCGAGAUACUGGAAGACGCUCAGAAAGUGUGUACAUCGUGGCGUCACGCUUGCAAAGACCCUUCCAUGUGGCGGAAGAUUGUCAUGCGUGGUCUCGGGGUGGAGUACGACCUCGAGGUCAUGUGCCGUCACGCAGUUGAUCGCAGCCAAGGGGGCUUGCUUGAGAUCGAAAUUUGGCAAUUCGGUACUGAUUCUCUCCUCACUUACAUCGCCGACAGGUCGAGUAAUCUUAGAAGCCUUAGACUCAUAAUGUGCAAUCUGAAGAUAACAGGCUAUGGACUUAUCCUAGCAGUUGUGAAACUUCCAUUGCUUGAGGAACUCGAGCUUUCACACUGCUCAUUGGCAGGAGAGUCUCUUAAAGCUAUAGGCCGAACUUGUCCAAAUCUGAAGACUUUGAAACUAAACAAGUUUUGUCACAGGGACUGUGGCAUCGUGUCUGAUGAUGAGGCUCUAGCAAUCGCUGCAGCAAUGCCCGGACUUCGUCACCUCCAGAUCUUUGGGAAUUAUCUAACCAACACGGGCUUAAACGCCAUUCUUGACAACUGUCCUAACCUGGAACACCUUGAUCUUCGCCGGUGUUUCAACGUUAACCUUGUUGGUGAUUUGGAGAAGCGGUGUCUCGAGAGGAUCAGAGUUUUGAGACGACCCAAUGACUCGACUCUUGAUUAUCCAUUUCAUGCAACGAUUGUCGUCAUGGAUUCAUGUUGA